AGGGCACCGCCCCCUCCAGCUGCUCCUGCGGUCAAUAGCCCAGCUCACGCAGUUCGGGGCCCAGCACCCGCCAGCUUCAGCGGCUAUUCUGUCUGCUGCGUUUUUGUGCCUCCAUUUCUGUUCCCACGCGGUGCGGAUGGUCGCAGCACUCCUCAGCCAGCCUGGUGCGAUGCUGCCCCGCAGGUGGUGAAGAAUGACGUACCCGACCCUUUGGUUUCUGCUCUUCGGAAUUAUCCUCAGUGGGGUCCUACGCAGUGCAACUGCCAUCCAGCCAGAUGCUGUCUGCCCCCGAAGCUUGGACUGUACCUUGAGGCGGAGGGCCUUGUGCCCACCAGGGUCCAGUUCCUGUGGACCCUGCCUCCGAUCCUUUGUGGAGGAUGACCUUGGCCACUGUAUUCCCAAAAAACAGCUACCAAGAGGUAAGAUGCAGCCCUGGCCUAACCUGGAAGAAGAAAUCGACAUUCUGGCUAACAUGCUGGCCCGGCAAGACACUGUCCCCCAUCGCCAGGACACUGUCCCCCAGCGCUUCCGCUGGCCUGCAGCCACCCUGGCAUCCCCAGGACAGGAGCCUGAUACCCCACCCCCUCGGGGUGCACAAGUUCCCACGAUUAGAGCCUCCCAGUCAUCUUCGAGGCCUGUGGAGAUGUCACCUGUGGAUCCCCCACACCCAAGCAAUGACGUCUUUGUUCUCAUGAUGAUCGUGGUCUGUGCAGUGGCUGGGCUCUCGGCGCUGGUUGUAGCUGUUGUCUGCUGGUGCAGGUUACAAAAGGAAAUCCGCCUGGCUCAGAAAACAGACUACUCAUCCAAGUCCCAGAAAGUAUCCAGCUCUCCAGCCUUCGGCAGAAGCAUGCCUGGGGACAAGAAGCUUGCCCAGAGUGCCCAGAUGUAUCACUACCAGCACCAGAAGCAGCAGAUGCUGUCACUAGAGAAGCAUAAAGAGCAGCCUAAAAUUAUGGACUCUGGGUCCUCUGAGGAAGAGAAUGAGGAUGGAGACUUCACUGUCUAUGAGUGCCCUGGCCUGGCCCCUAUGAAUGCCUUGACUGGAGAGAUGGAAGUGAAGAACCCAAUGUUUGACGACUCUGCUCUGGUGGGCCCUAGCCCCCGUGCUGCCUCUGGCCCUCGAGCCACUGCUGGCCCCCGAUCUGGAUCUGUUCCUCGUGUCAGCUCGGGCUCCCGCACUACAGUGAAGAGUGAGUACAACUUGGAGGGACCCUCGAACCCCGACUCCAGCCAGACCAAGGGGUGGUAUGCCUUCUCUGCACCCCAGCCCCCGGCUGAGGCCAGCCAGGCCAGUGCCUCCCACAACCUUCACCUCAUGCCGCCCAAAGAGGAAGACUCGUCCUGCUCUUCCCCUUCUUCAUCCUCCGGGGCUCCUGAGCGCGACCUCAGGGAGAACGUCGCCCCCGAAGCUAAUAAGUACUGCGCCCGUCCAGGCCCAGCCUACUAUGCCCCUGCCUGGACCGGGCCCUUCUGGCCAGGCCUGGGAAGCACGGGUUCUGUUCCAACUGGGGCCCUGCCGGGGCCCCCUCUCCCUCACCACCCUCUCCAGGCUCUUGGGACCUUCCCGGGACCCAGGCCUCUUUACCCAGCACCCCUCCAGCAGCCCCAGUCAGGGCUGGGCAGUGUCGGCAGCAGCAUUAGCAGCAGCAGCAGCAGCAUUAGCAGCAGCAACAACAGCAGCAUUAUCAGCAGCAGCAGUGUCAGCAGCAGCGUCAGCAGCACCAGCGGUUCCAGUGGGGCAGCCAGUGAGGAGGGCAUCCCCUCUAGUGACAGUGGAGAGGAGGACACCCCAACCUCUGAGGAACUGGAGCUGUUUGCCAAAGAAUUGAAACACAAGCGAAUUUCCCUGGGUUUCACUCAGGCUGAUGUGGGCAUGGCCCUGGGCACAUUGUAUGGGAAGAUGUUUAGUCAGACCACCAUCUGCCGGUUUGAAGCUCUGCAGCUGAGCUUUAAGAAUAUGUGCAAAUUGAAACCACUACUUCAGAGGUGGCUGCAGGCUGUUGAGAACACUGAAAACCCUCAGGAGGCUCUAGCUGUGCCCUGUCCCCCCCAGAUGUGCAGUAUGGAGCAAGUGCUAGCCCAGGCUCGAAAGCGUAAACGUCGUACAAGUAUUGAGACCAGUGUGAAGGGGACCCUAGAGGGCUUCUUCAGGCGUUGUGGGAAGCCCACUCCCCAGCAAAUCUGUGACUUGGCAGAAGAGCUGCACCUGGACAAAGAUGUGGUGCGAGUCUGGUUCUGUAACCGAAGGCAGAAGGGUAAGAGGCUUCUUCUGCCCUAUGGAGAAGACGGUGAAGCAUUGCCUUAUGAUCUGACUCCCGGCACUGCCCUUGUCCUGCCAACUGCUGCUGUACCCCAGAACUAUGCAGCACCCCCACCACCUGUGCCCCCUGCCCUCUAUAUGUCCACCUUUCCUAAGGGUGAGCCCUGCAUCCCAGGCAUGCCCAUGCCUAAUGGGGGCAUCUGAGCCAGGAUCAGCAUUAUAGGAACUCACUGGGGGCUCAGGAUGCCUCUUGCUUUCCCCUUCCUGCCCUUGUCCUAUCCUGGUGACUGGUCAUUGUCCACUGCCUGAGAUUCAAUGGUCAGGCCUUUUCCCUAUCCCAGAUCCUCUUUCUACCCCUACACUGCCCACAUCUAGAUUUUUGGGCUUCUGGAAAACAAUAUUCAGGUCUUUUUUCUCUCCCUUCUUUCACCUCACACUCCCAAACUUCUGAUGGGUUUGGGAGCCAGUUUGGAAAUAAAAAGUUGGAUGGUAA